AUGGCAGAAAAAAAUAAGUUGCCAGGACAUGUUUAUACUGAUGCAAGUGGGGAACGAUCCAAAGCCUUUUUCUUGAGAAAGUUAAGGACAGUUAACCCACUGAAUUUUGCUGAAAAGGAGAAGGCAGCAGCUAGGGCUCUGGAAGAUGUGAAGGCUAACUUCUACUGUGAAUUAUGUGACAAGCAGUACCAUAAACACCAUGAAUUUGACAACCACAUCAAUUCCUACGAUCAUGCACAUAAGCAGAGAUUGAAAGAGCUCAAACAAAGGGAAUUCGCACGAAAUGUGGCUUCAAAAUCCUGGAAGGAUGAAAAGAAACAGGAGAAAGCUCUCAAACGACUUCAUCAGUUGGCUGAAUUGCGGAAGCAGUCAGAAUGUGUUGCCGGAUGCAGACCCAUGUUUAAAAGUCCCCAGGUAGUUGUAGAACAACCACAGCAACGAGCGCAAGAAACAUUUCUCUUAGCUCAAGAGGGGAAGGCCAAGACUGCAGCCGAAGGGCAAAGUUCCACCAGCAACAAUUCCGAAAAACUACAGGAACCCUUGUUAAACAAGGAUCAGUCGUGCAUAGAGAGACACCAUUUGCUUAGAAAUCAUCUCUCUCCAGCAUUCUCCUGCAGCACCAAUGCUUGUAACAGGACAGGGGUAUCUUUUUCCUUCUCUAAAAAGGUCCACUUGAAGCUUGAGUCAUCAGCAUCUGUGUUCAGUGAGAAUGUGGAAGAAGCAUAUGACUGCAAUGGAUCACCAAGGCAAAACGUGAAACAAACUGCUGAGGAAUGCUACACUUGCAUACAUAUGAGUGGCAAGAGGAAAACUAAUGUGCAAAAACGAUUAAGCACACUUCAGAGCCACCAAGGCAGCAUUGAAUCAUGCAACAUGGCUGGAAAAAAUAAACCACAGAAAGAAAAUGACCAAAACAGCAACAGAGGAUCAGUGGAAACUCAUCUUCCAUUUCAUAAGGAUAAACAACAUUCUCCAGAUUCGGAAUGUGCCAGGUCUCCAGAUAUAAAAGCAAGACACCUAGUCAAGACUCAGAAAUCCAUACAAAGUUUUAUCACAUCUCAGUGCCAAACUAGCAGUGUUUGUAUACAACAAAAAGCUUACAAGCACAGCAACAUCCUGCUAGCAGAGUGUGUCUCCGAGUUCUCAGGCCAACAGUCACCUGAAGGAGGACAUUCGUGUGAGUUGAACUUUAAUCCCUGUAUAUUCAAACACUCUUCUGAUUCUUCAAAAACUGUGACUGCAGUCAAUGAAACAUCAAAAGGUGACGAUCUGGUUCAUGAAAUUAAGCCUAAAACACUGCCUUUUCUUCAUGUACUGAGUAAAGAUGGCAGCACAGCCUUACACUGGCCCAUGGAACUUCUUUUGUUUACAAAAACAGAACCUUCUAUUUCUUAUGGCUGCAAUCCAUUAUAUUUUGACUUUAGACUUCCCUUAUCCCAUAAAGACAAUGGGCAGCAUGAAGUCAAUCCAGAACUUUCUAAAGAGUAUUCAAGAACUAUGGACAUAGAUGGAAAGGAAGCCUCGGGUCUAGCCAAGAAGAAGCAAUUGUCCAGUGGAAAAGAUAACUUUUUAAAGCCAAAGAAGAACAGAGCUCUGUAUUUCAAAAGGUCCCAGCCAAAAUUAUAUACAGACAAAGAAAACAAAAUUAAUUACAGUGCUCCAAAAUACAUUUCAGACAAUUUGAAUGAAAAUAUACCUAACGUGCCUGCUCACCUUGAUUGCUCGCAAAGGCAUUGUGCAAUAGCAACAAGUCCCCAUACAGCAAUGUGUGUGAGAUCUUUAGCACAGCAUUUUCAGAACUGUGAAACAACAGUACAGGAUGAAGUCAAUGAAAAUGUUUGUAUUUAUCCCUUGGCGUCCAGGAUGAAAAAGCAAAAAUGUGGAAAGUGUGAUUUGAUGUAUUCCCAGAGACAAACCAAUCUGGAUUUGGUCACCUGUACAAGUGACAUAAGUGAAAGUGGAAAAGAUACAAUUCUUGGUUGUAAGUUAGACUGCCCUGGUGAGUGCUUGGAAAAGGAAAGCAAUGUGAGUUUUGCCAGUGAAUUUUGGAGAUUCUGUCCUUUGCAAAAACCCUGGUCUGACAGACAGUCGAAUUAUUCUGACACCUCCAUCAAUAGUGAAACUAGCAACACAAGUUGCUAUUGUAAUCACAGAUCAAGCAAUCACAGUAGAAGUAAUUUGCCUUUUUGUUGCAAAAGGAAACAAAAGUCAGUUGGAAGACAGAAAUGUAAACACAAAAAGCACAACUGCCUUUCAUCUUCUGAUGAAGCAAAUGUGGACUGCCUUGUCCACAAAAAAAGUCAGCGACCUACAGAUUGUACUCAGAGGCAUCCAAUAAAAUAUCAGAGACUUUUGAGAUAUGGGCACUUGCUACAAAGAGACACAGCAAAGCAAAGUAGAAAUAGAUAUCCUGUCUGUAAACACAGCAGGAGCAGGAGGUACAACAGCUCCAAAGGUUCUUCCAUCCACGAUUCAGGGAGCAGUGAAAGAUCGUCAAGUUCCACUCGAUCUAGAGAUAGCAGUUCGGGAUCCUUCAUGAAAGAAUCAGUGCACAUCUGGGACAAACAUAAAGAGGCUAUGCGAAGCAGCGAAGAAGAAAAAUCCUGCUCUGCCCAUUCAGACAGCCAGAAUGUGACUUGUGCCUCUAAGCAUACUGGAAUUUACUCUGUAAACUGGUUAGAAAAGGAAGCAGUGGGACAGAAGAAGUCAUUAACUGCCAAGUUACUUUUACAAAAGGUGAAAUCCAAAAGAAGCCAGGAGCAAACUGAAAGCACUGAGAGCUUUUCGAAAGCUUGCAGGAUAGAUGUCCCCUGUAGUCAGCCUGGCACAUCUUCCAUGGAGAGUGAAGCAAUACUACCUUCACGGGAGAAAACACUCAAUGUUGAUAUGAACUGUGUGUGGAACCAUGAAACUGGCAAAGUGGAAAACCACACAAGCAAACUUUUGACCAUAGAUAAUAUUAUGGGUAACACUAGCUACAGUAAUUGCCUGCUCCAAGACUUAAUUCAAAGAGGAACCAACUGCCAAACCCUAAAUAUGGAAGCAAGCACAGCAAUAAAGGAGAAGCCAGAUCUCUUAACUGGUGAAACACAACCCCUUCUGCAAAGCUGUGAUCCAGUGGCAGGUGAUUUUCCUGGUGCUUUUGUUUCUCAUAGAUAUUCUCUUACUCCAAAUUUAACAGAGACCAAAGAAGAAUACAAUGCAAGGAUGGACUUGCAUCAAGCAGAAGGAAAUCUAAACUAUUACCCUGACAAUGCUAUGCAUAAAUCCAGUGAAACAGAAUACAAGACUGAACUUUUUAGUAAGUGCAUCUCCUCUCCUUUAACACAACAGCCUAUAACAUUUUCCCCCGAUGAAAUAGAUAAAUACAAGUUUCUACAGCUACAGGCCCAGCAACACAUGCAGAAACAGCUUGUAGCGAAGCAUCUCAAGGUCCUGUCUAGUACUGGACCAGCCGCUUUCUCCGCACCCCCGGCAGUUCAGUCUGUUCCGGUCCAGCAGCACACUUCUGUAGCCACCCUCCACCAAACGUUUUUGCAAAGCUUUGCUUUGUCCACGGGGGUUCAUCCACAUAGCAGCCAUCUUUCCCUGACCCAUAUACAUCCAUUCUCACAGUCUCAUCUUGCUCCAAUAUCGCUUUCGCCAUUUGCUUCAACCUUCCUGCCUACUCACUCAGCGCUAUUGUCAGGUCAUCCAUUCCAUUUGGUAUCAGCAACUCCUAUUCACCCUGCUGCCCAGCUGGCAAUCCCAUCGUUGCCCCACGCUGCCUUUAUUCCUACUUUGUUCACGCCACAGCUGAAUGCAGCUGCAUCUUCCACAAUGCAUUUCAAUCCUUUAAUUCAUCCAGUAUUCCAGGGACAGAAACUUCCACAUCAUUCUUGA